GGGAAAGGGAUGCAAAUUCCUUUGGGAAAUGGGUUCAUCACUAGGGAGGGGUGAACUCUCCCUCUCUGCGUGUGACUGUGUGCAUCAUCACCUCCAGGUGUGUCUGAGGGAGGGACACAGAGAGACAGGAGGGGACUGACAGGAGGGUAUGAGUUGGCCUGCAGGUUUCUCUGCCUUGCCGAAACUGUUGGUGAAAACAUUUCUUCUUCAGACCUCAGAGACUCCCAUCGCUUCCCACCCGUGCUCUUCUAGUGCUCUUCCUGUUACCCCGGGUUGGCAGAGAUAUGGGACCAUAAUCCGGACAGGAGGCGCAUUAAGGGGCCGUUUAUUGCAAGGCGUCCUACCAAACUUUUGGCAAGACUUCACAUCCCAAAGGAGAAAAAAAGGCAAGAGAAUAUAUCUUAAGGAGCAAAGAGCGUGUGUAUUAAUAGGACACUUAAAACGAAGGAUUGAAUCCCCACCUCAGUGGAUUCCUCCAAAUUAAGAUGGCUUUUUUACCAGACAAGCACAAAUCCCUUUCCCCCAUCCUUCCCCUCCUUCUCCUCUUCUAUGUCCCUCUCACAUGUCUAAGCCAGUCAACCAACAGCAGCUCAAUCAAUGCCACAACCAACCCGCCAAUCACAACCUCAGGUGGUCCUUUCCUUAAGGGAGUGCCAGGCUGCGGCACAGAACUGGACCCCAUCUACAGGUACCUGUGUGACCGCCGGGCAGCGUGGGGUAUUGUUGUGGAGACCCUGGCCACUUCAGGCUUCCUGUUCAGCAUUGUUCUCCUCAUAGCCCUGCUGUUCUGGUCCCUGUGUAUCUGUAUUUCAUCGAGGAACCAGCGCAGCAGCAUCGGAGGCACCGUGGCCUGCAUGUCCAUGUACUUGUUGGCCACCGCUGGGAUCUUUGCCAUCAGCUUCUCCUUCAUCAUCCGCCUCACCCCUCAGACCUGCCCCACCAGGCUCUUCCUCUUCAGCGUGCUCUUCUCCCUGGCUUUCUCCUGCCUGCUGGCCCGCUGCCUCGCUCUGCUGGGCUUUGCAGCGGCCCGGGGCUGGGGGCAGCCCGCCAUGGCGCUGGGGCUCUCCACCGUACAGGUUAUCAUCUCUACCCAGUGGCUGAUCGUAGUGUUGGUCCGGGACGAGAAACCUUGCGAGUACAGCCAGGAGGAAUAUGUCAUGAUGCAGAUCUACGUGCUGUGCCUCCUGGCUAUCGGCCUGAUCCUCGCCCUGCACUAUCUGCACCGCUCCUGCUCCACAUACAGCUACAGCUACACGGGGGCCAUCCGCCAGCAGAGCCAAACACAAGCCACGCUGCUCUUCCUCACACUUUUGCUUUCCGUCUGCAUCUGGGUGGUGUGGAUCACCAUGCUCAUCAGGGGGAACCCGGAGUUGGGCCGCCGGCCGCAGUGGGAUGACCCAGUGCUUAGCAUCGCCUUGGUGGCAAACGGCUGGGUGUUACUGAUGGGGCACGGGUUGGCCCAGAUGGCCUUCUUCUGCAGGGGGGAGGCCAGGUCCAAGGAUAUCCCUCUGAGCUUUGUAGGCUGGACCAGCCCCAGCGCUGAUAUACCAGGACUGGCCAGCCCGAAGGAAGGGAAAGAAAACGGAAGCUAUGAGAGUGAUAGUGGGAACAGGAGAGGCAGGAGGACGGAGAAAUCGCUGCGAUCACCCUACGAGGCGGGAUUUGCCGUGACAAACAUCGACCCUAACAAAGAUUACACCAUUCCUCGCCCGCAGACCACCAACUACAUGGAACCCUACGAGGAUUACUGAUUCAAGUCAUUCUCUCUCUUUCUAUCACACGCACAGACACACACACACACACACACACACAAAUAUAAACUAGAGUGCCCAGGUUGCACGGUAGGGCGGGUGUCCAGAUGUGGAGGUUUCCUCGUCAACGCAGUGGGCCAGGGUUCGAUUCCGGCCUGCUGCCCUUUGCUGCAUGUCAUUCCCCUCUCUCUUCCCUUUCAUGUCUUCAUCUGUCCUGUCAAAAAAGGCCUAAAAUGCCCCAAAAAUAAUCUUCAAAUGUUUUUUUAAACAUUAACUAAAUUGAGGGCAGUGGUGGAAUGUAACUAAGUCCAUUUACUAAAAUUCUGUCUUUAGGUACCCUGGAAAUUCUUGCAAAAGGGCAAUUUGAAUUUGCUCAGUGAGUUACUUUGACUAGUAAUGCUGCUCUUAAUUAUGCCCUUGUAGGCGAGCUGCACCAAUCACAUCGGUGUAUCUGAGGUAGGCGGGCCAGAGGCGACAGUUUAAUCUUCCAGUUAGCUCCGCUGGUAGCUAAGCGUACGGGGCUCUGGAUACGUCACCCCGUGUAUUGUUGUGAUUGGUCGUAGGGUUCUCCAAUUGCAUGCAGUGAGAUUUUCAAAUGCACUCUCGAUGCCGCCCUUCCAGAUGAGCGACUCUCAUUACUCAAUGAAAGACCAGAUUUGGGUCUGGAUUUCCAGGCUAGUCCUUAGGUAAACAUUUGAGGAAUUCUACUUCUACUCCACUGCAUUUCAGAGGGAAAUACUUUUACUCCACUACAUUAAUCUGACAGCUUUAGUUACUUUACAAAUCAAGAUUAUUGCACACAAAAUAUGU